AUGCGAGAAAAAUUCAAGGAAACAGUAUUAAGAGAAGUGAAGUUACCAGAGGAUGUACGGGAUUGGUGGAGUUAUAAUAGCAAUGUAAUUACAAAAGCUGGAAAAAACGUGCUGAUUGUAACAACAGGAAAGGGACCACCAGAAAAUAAGGAGGCAUGGUGGUGGAAUGAGGAGGUUCAGAAAGUGAUAAAAGUGAAGAAAGAUGCAAAGAGACAAUGGGACUUAACAGGAAGACAGGAGGAUAGGAAAGACUACAGGAGUGCAAGAAAGAUGGCAAAAAGAGCAGUAGCAAAAGCAAAGGCUGAGGCAAUGGAAGAGGUGUAUGAAGAGCUGGAAAGAAGACAGGACGGCAGGCAACUCCUACGAACUGCUAAAGCAAGAGAUAAUACCAACGACAUAACAUCAAUGAGGCAGUUAAAGGAUGACCUUGAGAAAAUCCUGAAUAAGUGGAGGGAAUACUUUGAAAGGCUAUUGAAUGAGGAAAAUAUACGAGAGAACUGGUACGCGGCCCGGGGUCGUGUUGGGAGUUCCUGGAGUCCUGAGUUCGUCGCUGUGAUGGUCCGUUGGGCACUGGCGACAUGGCUGGGGGAGAGCACGUUGAAGUAUCAGUUCGGCGGGGCCGCGCAGAGCUGGGAGAUGCUCGUUAGCAACAGGCGGGCAGUUGCGGCCUGA